ACGCUGGGAGAACCACAGAGCGUAAAAGGGCUUUUGGAAUAAUAAUUCUACGGGCACUAAUUAUUUACGGUCUAUGUUAAAAAAAUAACCUAAAAUUGUAAACUCAGACUAAAAAAUGUUCGCUGUAGACGAAAUCCUAAUACGAAACGGUAUAAUAUUCUUAAUAUGGAUAGAAUUUCUGUGGGAAACGUACUUGUCCAUAAGACAGAUCGAUAAAGCGGCGAAAACCAAGCAAGUGCCGAAUGAAUUGAAGGACAUCAUGAAAGAGGAUGAGUUUUUGAAGGCGCGCGAGUAUUCGUUGGCCAAACUUAAGUUUGGUUUCAUUAGAGACUUUCAAUCCGUAGUCGUCAACACCAUAGUAGUCCACGAGGGCUCUGCAGCGGGGAUAUGGAAUUUUUCCCAAAUCAUAAAUCCCUUUGGCGACGAAGUGUCGACGAGCUGUCUAUGGUUAAUCAUUCUGUCUUUCCUAGCGACCAUGUUAGAUCUUCCGUUGAAUAUUUAUUACACAUUCGUGUUAGAGGGUCAGUACGGUUUCAACAACCAAACAGCCUCAUUUUUUGUGUGGGAUAAAAUCAAAACGUUCUUCGUCAGCCAAGCGCUGACCACCGUCGUUUCUUGCAUAAUUAUAGUCGUCAUCAAAAACGGGGGCGACUACUUUUUUGUCUGGCUGUGGGCCAUCGUUUGCGUCAUCUCGUUAAUAUUGUUAACGAUUUAUCCCGCCGUCAUAGCGCCACUAUUUGACAAAUACACGCCCCUGCCCGAAGGCGAGCUGAGAACCGACAUAGAAGCACUAGCUUUGAGCCUGAAAUUUCCAUUGACGCAGCUGUACGUCGUGGAGGGUUCCAAAAGAUCUUCCCAUAGUAAUGCGUACUUCUAUGGCCUGUUCAAAUCCAAACGGAUCGUGCUCUUCGACACUCUAUUGGCCAAAGAAGACGGCAGCGGCUGUCAAAAUGACGAAAUCCUCGCGGUCCUCUCCCACGAACUCGGUCACUGGAGCAAAAACCACACCACCAAAAAUCUAGUCAUCAUGCAAGUCAACCUGUUCCUUUUGUUCGCCGUUUUCAAGGUCAUGUUCAAGUACCCGCUCCUCUACAGAGCGUUGGGUUUCUAUCACGUGCAUCCCGUCCUCGUCGGUUUGUUCAUCGUCCUCCAGUACAUCAUGAUGCCAUACAACGCCGUCCUCUCCUUCUUUAUGACUGUUUUGUCGAGGAGUUUCGAAUUCCAAGCCGAUGAUUUCGCGGUACGCCUGGGCAAGGGCAAGGAGCUUGAGCGAGCCCUCCUCAAACUCAACAAAGACAACUUGGGAUUCCCGGUCAACGAUUACCUUUACUCCGCGUGGCACCACUCCCACCCCCCGUUACUGGAGCGCCUCUCCGCCAUCCGCAACGCCGUAAGCAAAAAAGACUAAAGCUUUAGUAUUUCCUGGGCGCGUCAGCCGCGGCCCCGCCCCCCCUCCAAAUGUGUGGUUAUAUGUUUGGUGUUUGUAUGUUUUUGUGUGGACGAUUAAAUAAAAUAUUAGAACAAGGAGAGGUUUGAUCUUUGCAUAAA